GUCUUGUUUUUGCUGACUGUAUAGAGCUUCUCCAUCUUUGGCUGCAAAGAAUAUAGGCAGUUACUGUGCUGAUUAUUUUGACCAUGGAUUUAAUCUUGUUUUUCUAGAACUUUAUAUAAAUGGAGCCAUACAGUUCUCAUUUUAGCCUCACUUUGCUCAGUGCAGUGUUACUGAGAUCAUUCCAUGUUGAACAGGUCAGUGGUUUGAAAUAUAGUACAGUUUGUAUUAAUAUAUUCUCCUGGUGAGAGACUUCUGGGUUGUCUUCCAUUCGACUCUCAAAAUUAAAACUUUCAUGCACGUUUGUAUGCAUGCCUCUGUGUGCACAUGUUUCAUCUCUCGCAGGUAAAUACCUGAGGUAAAAUUGCUGGCUCAGAUGAUAAAUAAAUGUGUUUAACUAUAGGGAGCAGACAAACAUUUGCCAGGGUGGUUGACCCAUUUCCGUUUCCACUAGCAGUGUGUGAGUGCGGGUCGCUCCCCAUCCGUAACCUUCGUGUGACGUGCGUCAGUCUUUAUCCCUGCUGGCACUGCCUUAGUGUGGGAACUUUGCUGUCCUGGUGGAUCUUCAUGUAUUGCCGCAAGGCUCAAGCAAAGACACUAGCUGGUUUUCUGAACAGAAGAAAGAGGUUACGGCUUUCACAUCACAGCCUAUUUCCUAAAAAGAGGAAUACGUCUCCGCUGCCUGAGGGGCUCACCAAGGACAGGCGUGGGGUAUCUCUUCACGACUGCUCCAGCAAAGCGCAGCCAUUGCUCCUUACCUUGGACGAGGGGUAUCUCCUCACUGCUGCCCUUCCUGACCUUCAACGUGGGGUAGCUCCUCUAGGCCCUCCUGCACCCCCGAAGCCGCGGCUCCUUGGACGUGUGGCUGGUCCUCCCGGCCACCGCCCCUGGCCUCGGGCGUGGGGUUGCUCCUCCUGGCCGUCGCCCCUGGCCUCGAGCGUGGGGGCAUGGGGUAGCUCCCCCCCCCCCCACCGCCCCUGGCCUCAGGCUUGGGGCGUGGGGUAUCUCCUCUCGGCUGCCGCCCCUGACCUCCGACGUGGGGUAACUUCUCUCGCCGCCGCCCCUGGCCUCGGACGCUGGGUAUCUCCUCUUGGCCGCCCCCCCCGACCUUGGACACGAGGUAGCUCCUCUCGGCCGUUCCUGCGCCAUCGCAGUCUGGUACUCUCGGCCGCUGCCCCUGACCUCGGACGUGGGGUUAACUCCUCUGGUCUCCACCCUUCAGAACUCCAAGUGUUUCCCGACAGGUUUGUGGUCUGUGUAAGUCAGCUUGCUUCCAGUCGUGAUCUUUCGGCAAGUCAGAGUGAAGAUUUGCAGCCGGGAAGAGCUCUCCAUGGAGCAUCAGGGGAUCGUACUGGGUGUGUGGAACAACUACUUCCUUCCGGGGCAGAGCCCAGGAGAAACGUUCUGCAAGAAAUUGUGAACAGAACUGAGACAAAAAGCAGCGCCAUGAGCGGCUCUCGGAGCAACAGGACCAGUGUGGGAGCAUCCAGUGACUUGGUGUCUGCAAAGGGAGCAUGGAGGAGGAGAAGGCGGCCAGCCUCAUCCAGCCCCCCAGCCAUGGGACAGGCGGAGGAUGACAGGAAGGCAUCUGAGACCCACCAGGGGCUUCCUGCUCUGAAGCUGGAGAAAGGUCAUCAGGCCUGGCCAGGAGCAGCAGAAACCUCAUCCCAGGGUGCGGUUGCAGACCGGGCUUCUAAGCAGGAGCCUUGUCUGUGGCUGUGAGUCAGCAUUCCCUGGUCCAAAGCAGAGUCCUCGAGGGGCUGGAGCACCGCAGAAAUGCAGGAAGCGCAACCCUGCGGGAGACUCCGACCACCACAAGAGAGUUUCUCUUAGAAGUGAUUGAUUAGCCCUGAGGGAAAUAAUAGUGGGAAAAGCAAAGUUGCCAGGGUCCUGCCAACUUGAGAACUGUCAGAUCCAGGGUUACUUUUGAAACAAGAUUUGGCAGAAACUGCAUCUAAUGAAGAGUUGCAUGUUUUGGAAAACUCUCUCUUCCAGACAUCUUACGAAAAAUAAGCCAGGGCAGGCACAACUCAGCCACAAACACUGAAAGCUUAGCUCUGACUCAGGGCAGCCCAACCAAGAAAAGAAAAGGGUGGAAGCAGCUACUUGCUCACAGAAGAGGAUUGCAACCCCGUGGUGGAGGAUGUCGUGACCAGACCUGGGACAACUGAGCAGUGUGCCUAGAAGCCAUGACUUAUAGGAAUUCAAAUGAUUAUUUUCAGUAGAAGAUAUGUACCUGCAUUGGGCUUAACUUUCAAAUCAGUAGCCUCCAGGAGCUUGUCUGACAGCACUGCUCCUUUCUGGUUCACACUUGAACGUCAGAAACUUACUUGAGUGCUAAAGAGCCAUUGGCUUUGUCGGCGGUGACAGCAUCCAUAGAGGAAGCACAUGAAGAAACCAGUGGUGUGCCUCGUCACAUCCUUGCAUGAAGCACACAGUGACCAUGAUGCUGUCUUUGCUGGCCAGUCCUCCUGCCCUGCAGCCUGAGUCGGGCAGCAGUGGAGGAACAGGCUUAUGGGUCACCCCAUCUGCUUGUGGCCCCAGCGUCAUACCUGAAAGUGUGUGAGAAAGGCAGAGCCUGGGCCCCACCCAGACCUACAGAAUGAGAAACUGGAUGAUUCUGAAACCUGCUCAAGUUUGGCAACCCCCGGGCUAAUUGCAGACCCCUUGGGAUUGAUUUCCUGCAGCCUGACUGUCCUGGCCCCCAGCACAUCAGCAGGGCCCGUGUGUGGACAUGCAGCCGUCAUGCCCCCUCAGACUUAAGAAGCAUCUGGCUCAGAGUGUGAAGCACUGUUCCCAGGUCCUUAAGCAUGGUGGCCACAGCACCCUGGGAGCUGUGACUGCGCUGAGUUGCAGGACAUUUACAUGUAGUUUGGCCUGACAUUAGGGGUAGACGUCAGAAAGGCUUGUUCUUUCUUGUAGUUCAGGCAUGUCCCUACCCUUUGCCCCUGCCCCCACCUUUAAGACUCUGGUGAAGUUCAGAACAGAUCCAAGCCCAAAAGGAAUUCAGUGGGCAGAGUUUGCAGUUCCCCACUUGGAAGGCUGCACGGGCAGCUUAGAUUUCACACCAGGAGCAUUCCAUUUGCAGGAUCACCCACUGUUGACUCCAGUGGACUUGCUGAAAUGUCAUGUAGUGAAUCAUAGCAAUGACUUAUUUUGGAUGGACAACUACAGUAGAUUUUCUUAACCAAGUUUUAUUCUGAAAUAAGGAAGGAAACUAUAUUCAAAGGCCACCCAUCAAAUGUGUCUUUUUUUCCUGCUCAACAUUGGGUGGUCCUUUGAAGUAAUACCUCCUCCCUAGUAACACGGAAAAUCAAGAUAUUCCCCAAAGUGUAGGAGUUAGCAAAAAAAAAAAAGGAAAAGCCCAACAAAAUAAAAGAAUAUGGAAAUGGACACAGUGUAAGUUCAUUCUUAAGAUUAGUGGUUUCUCCCAGCUCAUUCUGUCCAUCCCCAACUUGCCUUUCCUUAGAUUGUAGGGCAGGACUCAUGAAGAGGCAGCCGAAUUUCAUGGCGCUAUUUUGGGUCCUGAAGCUAAGUCUUCCUUGCCAUGCCUGGCUACGGAUGCAGGCCCUCUUCUUUGAUGCUCCAGACUCUUCUAGAGACUUCUUCCCUUCCUGGGACCCCAGCCUCACCAUCCCCACCAGGAACUUAGCCCUGCCUACUGACGUCUCUUCCUCUUCCUCCUAGCUCUUAAUCUUCCCCCAGGUGCCUCCAUUCACUGGGCUCCACAGUAGAAGAGGUAGCCCAGCAGAAUACCAACCACAGUGGAGCGGAGUCCACUCCUCCAGGAAGUGCAGACUGUCCAGGGUGGAACCCUCCUGAGGAGGUGAUAGAACAUGGUCUGUCCUGAGCCCUCUCUCAGAGUCACCCGUUUUCUGGGUGUGCUUGUCACUGAAGAUGGGCUCACAGUGUGUUGUUGAGUCUUAAACAGAAACAGUUGUUGCAGUAGUUUAAGCAGAGAGGGCACAAAAUUACAACCCAGGUGAUAGGCCAAGAAACAGUGAGCUCCCUGGAAGAGUCUGGAAUGAGGAAGAGCCAUCCCAAUAGCUGCUGCCUGCCCCAGAACUAGGGGGAGCUGAUUGAACUAGAGGCACCAGAGAAAGUUUUUAUCAGGUUUUUAUUUCAUUAGUUAAUCUGGGCCUGAUGGUUAAAGCCAGUACUUGUAUGUUUAAUGAUUAUCUUUCAAGAAAAUUCUUGGCUUUAGAGUUUGAUGUAUUUGUGGAUAUAAUGAUGACUGAGUUUCGGACUUCCCAUCUCCCAAUGCAGAGCACAUGGGUUCAGUCCCUGGUCGGGGAACUAAGAUCCCACAUGCUGAGGGGCAACUAGAGAAGGCAGUGUGCCGCAGCUAGAGAAAAGCCUGUGCAAUGCAGUGAAAAGCCAGUGCGGCCGAAAUUUAAAAACAGAAAAGUUGUUUAAAAGCUGUGUCAUUGCACAGCUGAGAUCAGUAGGGUCUUUCUCACAGCCUUCAUGUACAUGGGUUUUAACAGUAUUAGCAAAGGGACCAACUUUCUGCUUCUGCACAGGGGCAUGUGUUUGAGGAAUUUCGCCUUUAAGCAUUUUCCUUCCACAUGUCUGAAACACCCCUGGCUCUCUUGUUUCUUGAGUGGUUGUUUGAUUCUUUGGAUAUUUGGAAGUUCAGAGGGGAAAAUGGCUGCCAGGUUUUUUUGUUGCUUAUUAGGUGGGAAAUGAAGACUUGGUUCUCUACUGCUGGAAGUGGGUGUGUUUUGAUAUUCUUGAUAAUCUUAGUAAUUCAUCUACAAAUCUGAGACUCUGUCAGUAUUCUUGGUUAAAAAGAAUAAGUUCUUCAGCCACUCACUUAAUAACCCAAAUUAAAUGUAUAUUCAAGUUCCUGUAACUCUGAUGCUUGGAAGAAAUAUGGAUCCUAUUGAUUAAUGUUAUAACUUUGAACUCCCUAACUUUCUCAAUGUCAUGGCUUCUAAUUCACCUCCAUGUGCUUCCAAAUGACUUUUUAAUAGAUUGGUUUGUUUUUGUUUUUUUUUUAAUAUCCAUAAAUGUCUGAGAACAGUCAGUGUGACUUUUCUUCCACAUUUUUCUUUUCUUUGCCUCUGGAGGUUACCUGUCAUCCAGCCGUGCAUGUAAAUUGUGAAAUGCAAAGGAGCAAACAUUUGGGCAGAGAGGAAUAAAUGUUGUAGCUUUUGUUCACUCAUUUUAAAUGAAGAAAGUAGGAAAAUGUAUUUCAUUUAAUAAAAAGCACGAGUCCCAAAAGCCCUAUGUAGUUUUAUUUAUGGAGAACAUAGCUUCUCUCUAAAAAAUGUUUCUCAAGAUAUAUCUUGAAAACAUCAAUGGGAUCACAGUUUGUUUGCUUUCAGUGUCUUAUUUGGACUUUAACCUGAAUUGUGCAUGUUGGUGGCCUUUGACUUCAGGCCGAGCUGGGAGAGGGCAGCGCACAGGAGGGAAGGGAACCAUCACAGGAGAGUGCUGGGGUCACGGUGCUGCCAUCCCAUGGCCUCGAAUUCAUUCUGGGCAGGCCCCACUGCAGUCUGACACACAGUUCUGGUGACUGGUCCUCCCUUGGCUUUCCUGAGAGCCAGCACCACUCUCCAGCAUGCUGUGCUGUGGCUUGCAUAUAGAAAUCCUUUUCAUUUCUUCUUUUCUUUCAUGAGGAAAUCUCCAUGCAUGGUUUGUCAGGACAGGAGAGUUCAAACCUUGUUAUUGACAUACAAAUCAAUUGAAACAUGUUGGAACAAGUAGGAAAACAAAGUUAAGCUGAUUUCUGUUAAACAGUUUAAAGUCUUCUUCGGUACCAAAUAAAUUAAGCGUUGUAAAGUGAAGUUAAUUCAGAUAAUCACUCAGGGCAGAGGUCUAACCAUAUAGAUCACGGGUAUUACAAUUUAUGGUAUAAUUAGAUCCUCAGAAAUCUGCAGAACUCCCUCUCAAUUGGUUUCUGUGUUUACUUAACAAGACACGGAACAAAUACAUGUCAAUGUAUUUGUAGCUGAACUGAAGGGACUUGAGUGGAUGAAGUUACUGCCUUUAACUGUCAAGAACUGCUCAGUUUCAGGGUUGGAUUUAAUCAUGUAAGUUGUGUUAUGCAGCAUGAUUGCCAUUACAGUUACUUAUUAAAAAUCUUGUUAAUUAAAUCAGUAAAAUGAGGAAAACCAUACAUUUGAUCCCAGAGCACCUGACCAGGCAACUAAGGGUGUGGCUUUUUGUUGUUUUUUUUUUUUUUUUUCAAUUGUGGCUGCUCUGGGCCUUCACUUCAUGGCAGCAUGCAGGCUCUUCAUUGCGGGGUACAAGCUUUUCCGGUUGUGGCACACGGCCUUCCCUAGAUGUGGCACUCAGGCUUAGUUGCCCUACAGCAUGUGGGAUCUUAGUUCCCCAACCAGGGGUCGAACCCACAUGUGCUACAUCAGAAGGCAGAGUCUGAACCACUGGACCAGCAGGGAAGUCCCCUAAAGAUGUGGAUUUGGCAGAGCCCCAGAGUAGAUGUUCUUCAGUCAAGGCAGAAAGCCAGUCGCUGCCUUCAUCACCAGGCGAGGUGUCUUCUCCCACUGACCUUACUCUCUUGUUUGGUUUCAGCUACUAAAAUAGUUUCCCUGGUGGCUCAGGUGGUAAAGAGUCUGCCUGCAAAGCAGGAGACCUGGGUUCAAUCCCUGGGUCUGGAAGAGCCCCUGGAGAAGGGAAUGGCUACUCACGCUGGUAUUCUUGCCUGGAGAAUCCCAUGGGCAGAGGAGUCUGGUGGGCUACCAUCCAUGGGGUUGCAAGAGUUGGACACAACUGAGCGAUUAACACACACUAAAAUAGUUUCAAUGGUUGUGCAUUCCUAGGGGAUGAAAUUAGUGUGUAGUUGUAAAUGAACCUAUUUCAUGAAUAAAAAAUAAAAUUGUU